CUUUGUUUACUGUUUGAUUUUUGUGAAACUGUUCAGAUUUUGUCGAAUUUCUGAAUUUUUAUAUAAAAUAAUCUGAAAAUACCACAUAGAAAAUGGUGUACAUACAUUUUCCAUCCAAUCUAACUGAGGAAGAGCUAAUGCUUCAAGCAAAAUACGGAAAGUUAAAGAAAAAGAAAAAAGCACUGCAAGCUCUUAAAGCUCCAAAGCAGGAACCAGAGAAGAAUUUGAUAUUAAAGCGCCCUGCUGAUGCUAGAGAUGCUCGAGAAGUAGCUCGUAAAUUGCUAAAGAGCGGCGCUAUUCAAGCCAUCCAAAAGCCACCGUCUAAACAGGAGACUUCCUUCAAACGACCAAAAGUCCAGGAAAGGAAACGUUCUCAGCAAGAAUCAAGUCCGGGAGCACAAUUUCAGUCGUUUUCGUCGGUUGAAACGCCGCCCCCACAACCCUCGCCAACCACUCCUGAUCAACCUACACCCAAUCUAUAUCAACAGUUUGCUAAUGAACGCGAUAAAGAAGAACAGAUUACAAAAGCUGGGGACUCGCCCAGAGAUAAACCGCGAUCCGGUAACACCAUAUACGUGUCCGGCAAUAAGGUGACCGAAGAAUUUCUCAAGAAGCACUUCUGCGAUUUUGGAGAAAUUCUUAACAUUUCUAUGGAAAUCGAAAAAGGACGGGGCUUCAUUACAUUCGCAAAAACAGAAUCAGCUGAUCGGGCAAUUACUGAGAUUCAUAGCAAAACCGUUGGUGGUAUCCAGUUACAAGUGCAGCUAGCACGCAGACAGCCUCAGAUUAAUCCCAUUAAUGAUGCUGGAUCAUCUGCAGCCUGGUCGGCGUUAGCCACUAACCGAUCUCAAAAAGGAAAGCAUAAAGACAACCGUGAAUUAGUAUGUUAUGAUCACGAUGAUAUCUUCUGAAAUGGUAAGUUAUACUGUUUUUUUUUAAUCUUUUCUUAAAGAAAAUACAAUAGUUUAAGUG